AUUUAACUUCCUAAUGACUACCCCGCUUCAACCCCCUCAAGUCGCGACAUGCCCCCAAGGAAACUCCGAAAAGGCACUCACAGCUGCUGGGAAUGUCGACGGCGCAAGGUCCGCUGCCAGUUUUCCUCUCCAAGUGCUGCCAUCUGCACUCCAUGUAGCAUCCGAGGCAGUCCCUGUCGAAGUCAGGAUCUGGUUGAUUCGCCACCACCGCAGCGGGAACGAACCCACGCGCAACGUCUGGAUCGGCUUGAAGAGUUGAUGCAGAGAUUGGUUGAGCGGAUUCUUCCGGAUGGGGAUGUCGCGGAGAGACGACCGGGAGAGGGGUGGUUUGAUGCAGCAAGUUCAAUCUUUUCCACGUCAGGGACGCGAGACGCCUUUCGAGUCGCGCAGAAUGUAGACACCCCGGGUAUUGAUGAAACACCGGUUGGGUUGCUACUGGGGCCUGGUUCCGAUACCUCGUCUGCGUUGACGCCAGAGUUGGGGGGCUCGUACAGCUCGUUGGGAUCUGGUAUCGCUGGUAUCAAUAGGGUCUCCCAACGGCUGCAUGCACUCUUUCCAUCCCAGGAGGACAUGAAGCUCAUCACUGAAUCAAGUCCUGGAACAAUCUUCCUUGCUGCUUUGUUCAGUUCGGAUUCCGAUGGCAUUUCGGCUAUUUACAACUCCACUGAAGACAUCGCAACGAUCCCUCAGAUCUCAAGCCAACCGACUAUGCUUGCGAAAAGACUUCUCCAGCUGGCCAUUUGCAUGCAGCAGCUCAGUCCAUCAUUUGACACAAGACGUCUUGGACUAAAGGUUCCCGUCGCGACCAUCAUGGUUCACAUAGACUCCACAAUAUCCAACCUCGUCAUCUCCAAUGACGACUACAUGGCUAAUGUAGAUGGUCUGCAAUGUAUCAUUCUACAUGGCUUCUGGCACAUGAACGCAGGCAAUUUGCGCAAAGCAUGGCUUACCUUCCGGCGUGCAAGCAGCCUCGCGCAACUAAUCGGUAUUGGUCCGGGGAGCAAUGAUUCCAACGCCCGGAAGACUAAAGAGAAUCUAACUCCCUUUCAUAACAAGAUCUGGUACUUGCUGGCCGCCUUCGAUCGACACUUAUCACUGUUCCUCGGCCUUCGAAUCGAUAUGCGGGACGUCAGUUUCGCCUCAGAGGAGUGGACCAAAUACGACAGCCCUGAAGAAAAGCUCGAGAAACUACACACUGUGAUCGCUGCACGAAUCGCAGACAGAAACCAUACAACCAACGAAGGCUACGCUAUCAUGCAAGCAAUUGACUAUGACCUUGACAUGGGUGCAAAACGCAUGGGUCAGAUGUGGUGGUCUCACUCCAGCCCGGUGUGCGAAACUCCCGAGCAGAACUGGCAGCACAGAAGACGUCUGAUGAUUCAGAUCAAUCACUUCGGUCUGCUAGUCAUGCUGCACCUACUGUAUCUCCUUCGGGACCCCACGGAACAUCGAUAUACACAUAGUCGAAUGACGUGUAUUCGCUCGGGUCGGGAGAUCCUCACCCGAUUUAUCUCGCUUCGAGAAGAUGUGGAAUCUAUCUUUUCGUGUCGCCAUAUCGACUACGCGGCAUCGAUUGCUGCGAUCACGCUUCUGCUGAGCUAUCUUGUUCAGGGAGCUAUUCCUGUCUCUGAUUCUCAGCGGGAAAAUGAUCGGAUUGUUAUUGGUCAGGUGAAGGAUAGGAUGGAGCAGGUUGUUCUGCUGAAUGAUGAUAAAUUCUUGCAGGAAUCAUCGCAUAUUAUUUCACAACUUCUGCCUGUUCUUGAUACCGACUCUACGAACAAAAUGACUUUAUCGGCGGAAGACAACCUCGGAGAAACUGUUCAGCUGAACAUUCCAUAUCUUGGUCUGGUCAGCAUAUGUUUGAAGCCGAAGCAGAGAGCAAAGCCCACUAGCUCAGUCGAACGCUCUGAUCAGCAAUCCCGCUCGGCAUCACUCAGCCAUGAACAGCAUGCGAAUGACUGGAAUAUACACGAGUUCAUCCACGUCGAGGAAGCCUUCGAUGGCCACCUUCCCACUCUCACAGCGGAAGCUAGUGACUGGCCGUUUCAAGGCAUUGACACUAAUUUUUGGUCUCUUUUGCAGGGGGGCAUAGUGGACUCGGAUGGUUUCAACCCUCCACAUUGAAUCUCUGUCUCACUGGUUGCAAUUACAUUAAUUCAAAACUCCAUCACGAAUACCAAUACCAACAUCACACCCUAACAAAUCCCAUCACUCCACAUUCUUCAUAAUCCCCGG